AUGGUUGACUAUCUUCUUUCAAUCACCCAGCCAUUGUUUAGCUUUACCAAUGAGGUCUCAAAGAGUAGAGAUAUCACUAUCCAUACCGUCUUUGACAUCUACUACGCUCUCUUUGCUCAUCUGGAGAAGUCAACGAAACAGCUAAUGCGAAAGAAGAAAAUGUUCAUGCUCAGAGCACUUAAGCAUACAAGCAAGAAGCUUUCACAGUAUUUUGAGGCGACAGAUAAUGUUGGCAACGAUCUCUACGCAAUUACUACAAUUAUGGCGCCUCAGAAUAAGAUGGAAAUCAUCCAGAAGCCAGAGACACAUGCCUAUGCCACUCCUAUGUCCAAGCGACGAACUGGGUGCUUACUCGGCACCAGACCUUGCAAGUUGUGGCUUGCAUUACUUGCGUGUUGUAACUUCAACUACUCAUGA